UGUGGGCUAGCAAUGCGUGUGGUGUGGGCGUGGCGGUGCGCUUGUUUAGUGAUGAUAAAAUGUCGUCUGGAGGGGAGCCGCCCACUUCCCAGUCCUUCACCCCAUUUUGGAUUGCUGGCCCAGGAUCUCCCUCUACCCCUGUGGUAGGCAAUCCUGUGGCCAACCCUGUGCCACCCACGGACCUGGCCUCGCUUGGUGGGGCCGGGGUAGCCAGCUCAGUACCUUCAGCCAUGUCCCAAGACAUCACCACCAUGGCCAAUGCUGUGCCCCAUGAUGACUUCACCAAUGGCCUGGGUGAACCUUCUGCCCCGCCUCCGCCCCCUGAGUCGCAACAACAGCAACAACAGCAACAGCAACAGCAACAACAACAGGCUGCACCUUCAGAAUCUCCUACUAUUGUGAAGACUCAACCUCCAGACCCUCCUUCUCUUGAGGCUACACAGGUGCAGACUGUUCAGGUACAAGCUGUUCAGGUGCAGAGAGCCCAGGUCCAGGCUACUCAGGUACAGGUCACUCAGGUACAGGCUGGACAAGUAGUACAGGGGAGUGGAGGGACCACAGAAGUGAGGGUGGUGGAAGGUACCAAUCCUCCUGCAUGCUCCAGUGGUGCACCAGCACAGUUCUUUCACACUACUGUGGAGCCAGAGGCUACAGAAGUUCAGGAGACACUGGAAAAGAAAAAAAUCAAGGUCCAGCGAAGAAGACUUUCCCCAUCACAUCGUGAGAUGAUCAUAGAUUUGGUGUUCAAUGAAAAGAAGACAUCCAGGGAGGUGGCUCGAUAUAUGGGGCUCCCACAGUCCACAGUUAUGUCAGUGGUACAAGUAUUCAAGAAGGAGCAUCGCAUCCACAAGAAGACAGCCACUGGACGUAAGCGACGUCUUACCACAGCACAAGAGUUUCAGCUAUUUGAGAUGUCACAGGAGAGGGACAACAUCUCUGUAGAUGAGAUCCGCACACGAUUCUUACAGCUCUUCCCAGAGUUUGGUCAUAUCUCUAAAACCACCAUCUACAGGACUCUGGAGAGAGGCAAGAAAGGACUCAUUGGCAUGGAUCCCCCUCCAGAGCGAUAUCUUGAGCCUAUUGAGCGAUUUUGGGGACUUAAGAAGAAAAUAAAACCAAAAAAAGUAGCUGGUGGGUCUGAUCAAGCGGCAAACCACAGUGUACUGGAGCCAAGCGUCAGCAUCAUGGAGGAGACAGGACCCAUAGAGACCAAUUCCCAAGAGAAGGAUAUCAUCAGCCGCCAGCGCAGGUCUCUUUCCAUUGCUGAGCGAGAGAUGAUCAUAAGUCUGUUCUUCAAUGAGAACCGCACAAUACGUGAAGUGGCUGACUUCAUGCACCUUGCCAAGUCCACUGUGUCUUCAGUGGUGCAGGUGUUCAAAAAGGAACACCGCAUCCAGCGAAAGACUUCCACUGGCCGCAAGAAGAAGCUGUCUGAUGAGCAUGAACAAAUGAUCAUGGACAUCCUCUCUCAAAAGGAAGACAUCACCAUAGAAGAGACAAGAAAUAGAUUUCUCUCCCUCAACCCAGAGGUUCCUAACAUAAGCAAGAGCACCAUAUACAGGAUCAUGGAGAACUGCCAGUCUAAGUUGCGAGCUAGGUCAGACAUGGAGGUGUUUGUUGGGGCGUUUGUACAUUCAACUGAUGACUCCCCUAUGGUGGUGCUGCCAGGCAUGGUGAUGGGCGUCCUCAACACCAAGAUUGAAUUCAUGGAGAGCCUGGAAGAGCUGGACCACUUGAAGGCUGAGUAUGGCUUCACUGACUCAAACAUCCACUACAUGACCCCUGGACAAUUCAUGAUGCCAGGAAUGAUUGAUACCCAUAUACAUGCAUCACAGUUCCCCAACAAUGGGGUUGCCAUGGACCUCCCAUUGCUGGAAUGGCUUCAGACAUACACCUUCCCUACCGAGGCCAACUUCUCAGACACCUUGUUUGCACGUGAGGUCUACAGCAAAGUGGUGGAGAGAUUGCUAAGGAAUGGCACCACCACUGCUGCUUACUUUGGUACAAUCCACCUUGAAGGAUCCAAGAUUCUAGCAGAUGUGGUGCAUGACAAAGGACAGCGUGCUCUGAUAGGAAAGGUCAACAUGAUGAGAAACUGUCCUGAAUACUAUCGUGAGAUGAGUGUUCAGGACUCCAUCAGGGACACCGAGGAGUUCAUUAGAUAUGUACGAGGCAUACAGUCUCCUCUUGUUCAGCCCAUUGUGACGCCUCGCUUUGCCCCAACGUGUCCUGAGGACCAGCUGGCAUCACUAGGGCAGUUGGCUAGUAAAUAUGGCUGCCACAUCCAGAGCCACCUGGGAGAGACCCAGCCUGAAUGCAACUGGGUGAAGGAACUCUUCCCUUGGGCUAAGUCAUACACUGAUGUUUAUGACAGCAUGAGGCUUCUUAGUGAGAAAUCAGUGAUGGCUCAUUGCAUAUGGCUGGGAGAUGAGGAGAUCUACACUUUAAGAGAGCGAGGUGUUGGCAUCUCCCACUGUCCUAACUCCAACAUUGCCAUUCGCUCUGGCCUCUGUGAUGUACGACGGCUUCUUAACCACGGCCUUAAAGUUGGUCUUGGCACAGAUUGCUCUGGGGGCUACAGCUCCUCUAUCCUGGAUGCCAUAAGACAGUCCCUGCAGGUGUCUAAUGUACUGGCUCUUGACCGUGACCAGGACUACCAGCGGAUCUCCUACAAGGAAGCCUUUCGUAUGGCUACUCUCGGGGGUGCCAAAGUACUCAACAUGGAAGAUCGCAUUGGUAAUUUUGAAAUAGACAAGGAGUUUGAUGCUCUGCUGAUAGAUGUGACAGCUCCUGGCUCAGCUGUGGAUGUUUUCAGUAAGGACGCCAUAGAUGACAAGAUCCAAAAGUUCCUAUACACUGGUGAUGACCGCAACAUUGCCCGAGUGUACGUGGCUGGCCACCGCAUCCUGGACCUGCACAACAGGAACCUGCACUAGUGACCAUUGUCCAGCCAGUGUGUGGUGUGGUACACAAGGUGGUGGAAAAGCUCAGAGGUGCCAUAUAUAUUAAGUAGCAUUGUGGUGUGGCAGCUGUAGGAAGGAUGAAGCAGGGGCACUGUAGCAGCUGCCUAAAUAAACACAAGCUAUGCUAUACAGUAUUUUUGCAUUUUAGAUAUGUAUAAAAGAAUAACUUUUAUAGUACACCAGUCAUUUGCCUUUCCUUUUCUGUGUGUGUGUGUGUGUGUGUGUGUGUGUGUGUGUGUGUGUGUGUGUGUGUGUGUGUGCGUGCGUGCGUGUGUGCGUGCGUGCGUGCGUGCUUGUGUGCACGUGCAUGCGCGUGUUUAAAAAUAUUUAAUACAUAUCCUAUCAUAAGGCCAGUCCAGAUAUGUGUCUGUUUGAGCAUUCUCAUGGAAUUACGGAAGUAUUUUUGUGAACAUGACAUUGUGUCCAGAAAUAAACCAGAUACAGUUACCACUACAGUGGGUGAAUGAAACUCAUGGUAGAGAAACUGGUGGCUAUGAGAAGUAACAAGAGGUUAAAGACUAUUAUUUAAGGAAUGUUGCAGUAUUUAAGUGCAGAAUUCUUUUAACUAAAAUGUCACAAGAGCAGAUAUUGAAUUGGCUGGCAUCACCAUUGCUCCUGGCCAGUCAUCUUGUGGUACUGGCAGACAAACAUGUGCAUAUACACAAGCCAUUCAGCAGCAUAGCCAGGGCUAGCAACUUGACCUCGCAUAAUUAAGUGUUGUCAUUCCUGUGAACUCCAAAGGUCUAGGACCAUAACACUCCCACUGUUUCAGUGGCCAAUAGUUCUCUUCCUCCUGAAUCAAAUUCAUACCAUGUGUAUAAUAAAAGCAACCAGUUCUGCAUUUGUUGGUAUACAAAGUAACUUUAGAUUCAAUGAGAUUUUCUUUUAUAUACAUUUCAUUUUCCAAAAUGAAGAAUUUAUAUAUUUUUGCUAUGUUGCGCAAUGUAACAGAUAGCCACAAUUUAUUGUUACUAAUCACAUAAAAUAUGCAAAUCUUGAGUGACCUGAGGUGCUUCAGUCAGAGAAGCGCAUGGCCUGCUUCCUCCAGCUCCUGCAGCAGCACAGCAGUGAGCAGUAUGGCUUCCAUUGUUAUGCAGAAUUACUUUUGUACAAUUGCUGUGAGACAUGCUUCCUUGAGUGUUAGUCCAGGUGAUGGCCUUGAAAUGGGAGGUUUCUUCCUGACAAACAGUAAUAGGUAAAAGUCUGUGCUAGCCUUCAGUAUUAGCAAGAAUUAUCUGUUAAUAAUUACUGUGUAUUUUCAAAAUUUAUUUUUUUACAAUGUUUUGUUUUAUCUGAUGAUGCUGAUGUUGGUCAGCUUACUGGUUGUGAUGAGUUUAAGGCAACUGGUGGACUGACAGUAUUUCUGUUUUAAGAUAAGUGAGUUGGUCCAUUUGCCAGUAACACAAAACCGUCUUGCUAGCUUAAUUGAUGUUAUGCAUUUGUGUUACACAGAAGCAAACCAAGCUAUCCCAGUCACCACUUGUAAAUAUAUAUUUUUUACAAUACAUAUAAUAGAAAUACUCUUAAAACAUUCCUGCUUGUACAGUAAUUUAAGAGAGGAUAUUGGUGGAUGAGAUGAUUGGUGUGGCAUGGGGACAUGUUAGGCAGCUGAUGCACUCACUGAAGUCUGCCCAUUGAUUAGAAACAAAUCAACAGUAAUAAAGGACUUGUAGGUUGUGUUCAGUAAUCCAUAAAAUGCAUCCAUAAGAAACUAAGUUCUUUCCACACCUGCAUACAAUAAUGUACAAAACUUGCACAUUAUUGUAUGAUGCUUGGAGCACAAAAGUGUCAUAUGUUCCAUAAGAAAAAGUAAACAAUUGACCUUG